CGGCAGCAACGUCAAGCAUGAGGCGCUUCGUUCUCUUACUGGCUCUUCUCAUACCAGGAGAUGUGGCGCGAGCGACCGCCGAGCCUGAGGUGCUGACGUGCUUCCAUUGCGGCGACGAGGCGCAGGACGGGGAGCCGCCUUGCAACACGCAGCCGCCACAGGUGGCCACCUGCGCUGAGGCCAACUACUGCCUCAAGAUACUCUUCCAAAACGGGUCCGUCCAGCGCGGCUGCGCGCCACGGGCGACGGCGUGGGGGCGUCGCGUGCGGGUCGGCUGCGUGGAGCCCGCGCGCGAUGACACCAGCGUGCUGCGAUACUGCGCCUGCGACACGCACCUCUGCAACCGAGCGCCGCCACGGCCGACCGACAACCUGCUGCUGUUGUUUUUGUUGUUCUGGGCCUGUCUGCUGUUCUUCCCGGGCGGACAAUAACCAGCUGCGUGCAGUACCCUCCGUGCCUAAUUACUGUGUAGCAGUUAACACCUCUACUUGCAAACUUGACUCCAAGAUAUCGAAGCCCAUAAGGUAACAGAAAACCAGACUUUACCUACUGAAGUGUCACACGGUGCCAUCGUCGAAUAACAACUUUCUACAAGUACUAGGUGUCUCAGUGCUUAUGCCACCACCAGAAAUUUUUCUACAUAAAUGACAACUUUCAGAGUAGAAGGUGUUAGGCGUAUGAAAAUUUUCCGCACUAAUACGCAGUUGUUGCGUGAAUUAUCUUAGAAAUCUGAACAUUUUAGCACGUCCAGGGAAGACCGUAGAUUCGAUGAACGACCGACGAACAUUUAGCUCGAUAAUGACUGAAAUGGCUUUUCGCUGCAGCGUACGUCAACAUAGAAACGUGACUUCGUGCCAAGUUCCUGAAGUUGUCAGCCGCACUGGACUCUGCCGCAGGUUUACAGCGCGCUAGAAUAUUAUCCCCCGCCUGGUACAACAGUGCUCGUGUGGUUAUGUUGGAUUCCCACUGAGGGGAUCGGAUUUAUAUCAGGAGAACUUCGGACAACACAACACCACGGUCUUCUAACACAUCGAAAUUGCUCGUAUUAUAAAUAACAUUAGACACAACUAAGGAGUGCAGGAAGGUCAAGACGAACUCUGUUCUUUCUAAAUACGAAAACCUCACCGUCGCGCUAAUCGUUUUAGAUCAACAUUCUCUUUUUCACACAGAUUAAACGCCAAAGAACUUUCAUGCAAGAGAGGAAAUGAAGACGUUUUGAUAAAAAUCCUGACCCAGGUUUUAUGAUGACGAGGUCAGUGCCACUUGAAAACUAUCGGUGGUCUUGAAUGAACUAAUGGAGGGAGAAAAUGACAGCAUGGGGUCUGCAAUACGACCCUCUUUGUAACUACUGAAAGACGCACUGCAUGGUACGUUUAUUGUGGCGCUAUAUACAUUGACUAGAGAGUGUUUUCUCAAGUGCAGUGUUGUCAGAGAUAAUUUAUGUGAUAGUGCUGAAGUUAAGGAUGUUACAUAAUGUUUCCUCAGGAUAAGUAUCUUUGCUAUGUGGAUUAAAUGCAUUCUUUCUCAUGCUGAACGAGUAUAUAAAAAAAAUAAUAAUGUAUCAUAGUAUCCGCUCAUGGCUGUCGAAAAUGGGUUGUUUUCAGACAGAUUUUUGUCUUUUCCUGGAUGCAAAAGUGAUCCGCUACAGCAGAUUUAUCAAACUCCUCCCGCUUUGCAGUUACCUUAUGCGCCUGAUUUUGUUAAUGCAGCGUUCUCGAUGUUGUACCGACGCACAUCUGACCAAAACUACAAUUUAGUUGCUACUUUAUCCACAUGACUGUUACAAACCGUAAACAUCCCUCUGUCUCAUUUCUAUAUUACAUGGAUAAAUCGUUUAUCUAAUGUGUUUCUUAGACGGUCAGUCAUGUGGGUUGUGCAGACGGCUAAUGUGUUACUACAGUCUUCGUGAUCGUCGUAAUGUACUUCUUACGUCAGAGGGCGACUACGCUUCCUUUAUUAAGGCGUUCUUGAGACAUUCCAGUUCACUUCACUUCCACUCUGGUUCAUCCCUCUAAGCGGAUGUAAGCUGCAAUUCACUUCAGUCAGUAGCGACUCACAGUGUGCAACUAUCCGCCUCAAGCGACUAUUCCCUUGAAAAUGUCCUCCACAGGCGGAGAUACAAAGCUGAAAUUUUCAAUUGUGUUCAUUUGCUUACGACAUGACAACUCGGAAAAUUUAAUCAAGUUCUGUCUCUAUUUUUGAUGUUAGCCUUUUGUCCGGACUGAAGGACGUCGUAGUAAUAACCUUUCUUCUAAUGAAGGUGUUAUAAAGACUCCUUUGCUACAUUAUUCUGCUUAACACAGUAUUGUAUUGUAUGUUAACCGGGUGCCUAGAAACGACGGAGACGCUCCGUCCCCGCCGCAGCCGCAGUGGUCCACAAUCCCACUACGACUACCGCAGUCCACUUCACCCUUCCGCCGCCCCACACCGAACCACUCUUUCAGGGAUAUUGUGUGUCAAAUACAUUUUGUGUGUCAAAUACUUUCAGGAAACUCGUUCAUUCUAUAAAAAUGAAAUUUGUUCACUACAUUACUUUGACAGUCUUCCUACACAAUGAUUCACUCGUUGUGUCUCUGUGGAGUAGAUAGUCACUUUCUCAUUGCGUUAAAGUUUGACCUUCAAUAAUUACAUUUGUCACACUUUAAAUGUAUGUCAGUGUAUAGAAUGUGAGCCACGGAUGCCUCAUUUUAUCUAAAAUGUGAUCUAUGUCUGUGUACAAUAUUGUAAUAAAACGUAAACUGUAAAUAUAAAUUUUCUUGUGUA